AUGCUUCUAUACCUACGUCGAAAAGACAUAGCAAACUUUAUUACUGUAACGAAUCCACUUUUUAAGGUCGACCCGCAGUUGUUUCCUGAAGAGAUGCCGAUUAACCAAACAGGGGUACGUCAUUCUACAGCUGAAAGAUUUUGUGUCGAGAGGGUGCAAGGACAUAUGAUUGCCCCUAGUGAUACCAACGAAUUCGAAUUUUUAUACAACAACUACCUUUGGGGAAAUGAGCCUGCAUCUGUCGAAAGUAUUAUGCUUUCAAAAUAUACAUCCAAUUUGCGCUCUUACAGCGAAAUGACAAUAACUAAUCAAGGAAGAAAGGUAGCCGCUGACAUGCCAAGGUAUUCACAAUGUUCUGCAAGUGAAGCUAACAGUAUACAGUAUUUUGGGCUGAUAAUACGGGCUAAAGAAGGCGGAGACGCAGCCCAUUACGCAGCCCUUUGA